AUGACGGCAAAAGUUUUCAGUCUUUUGGUAAAAAGUGACAAAGUCGUCAUUUUUUCAAAAUCCAGUUGCGAAGAUUCACAAAAGGCGAAAUCGAUAUUCGAUGAUUUGAAGCAAAAAUACACGGCCGUGGAAGUAGACAGGAGAGAAGACGGGCAAUUUUUACAAAUGCAUUUGGGCGUCGUCACGGGUUGUGCUAUCAUGCCGAGGAUAUUCAUCGUCGGAAAAUGCAUCGGCGGCACCUACGAUCUCAUAGAACUCCAGAAAAACGGACAAUUGUUGGCAGUUGUGUCUUGCUUGGUUGGAAAAGAAGCAGAAUUUUCCAGUGCAUUUUUUUUUGUAAAAUAA